UAUCUUCAUCGCCUCUCGAAAAACCUAGGGCAGCAGUCGCCAUGGACGAAUCCGCCAAGAAAGUAAUUCUUCUUCGAUCCUUAUCGCUUACUGAAUUAUAGUUUCUUCUUCGUAGGAUUAGAUCUUUUGUAACGUAGGGUCUGGAAUUGAACGGUAGUGAUGCAGAGAUUCGAAAAAGCAGCAUCAGGAGAAUUUCCGUUGAGGGAUACGACACCUCCCUUCGUAUGGAGGAUGUCGAUGAUGCUUUGAGAGAACACUUGGCUUCAUGUGGAAAAAUAAUUCAUGUUUCUAUUCCCAGAAACUAUGAAGAGACGAUUCUCUGCAGUCAUACCCGUUUCACGAAAAUCACCUUGAGAAUGACUUGGCUCCUAUGAAAGACGUCAAAGUCUAUCUGCCACAACAGACGUUGAAGGUUACGGGUUAUGACACUUCCCUUCCUGUCGAGGAUAUCGAGAUAGAGCUAGAGAAAUAUUUCUCUUCACAUGGUUCUUUUGUUUACCAAGAUGAAACCGCUUCUGGUGCUAUCAAAACCAAAGCUUACAUUUAUGUCCGAGGUCCAGAUGCUGUAGACAAGGCUCUGGAACUUAGUGGUCGUUCUGUGGAAGGCUUGAAUUUUGUAGUUACUAAAGUUUAUCCACUUCCAGAAAAUCCACCCAUGUCUGGCUUCAUUCACCCAAGGAGCAGAUAGAAGAUCCAAAUCUAUGUUUCAUUACUGAGGGACAGCAGAAGAAGAGUGUACAUCGGAGGGAAAUCAGAAGAAGAAGAAGAAGAAUAAGAAGAGCAAGACCAGGGAGGGAAUUCAGAAGAAGAAGAAGAGUGAGACUAGGGAGGGAAAACAGAAGAAGGGAGUAGAAAUUUCUCUCUGAGGAGAAGACGUGCUUAUGAUAUUAACUUCUGUGCAAUGUGUUGUCCAAAAAAAAAAAAAAACUUGUGUGCUAUGCAAACCUUCUUUUCUUUUGUCUGGAUAUUGAAUGUAGUGUUUGAUGUUUAGCAACUAAAGACAUAUCAAAAUCUACAUUCCAGAAAUGUGUUCACGGUUA